CCGGGUGCCGCCCCAGUCGGUUGACCGGCCUGAGUUGGGAGCGGCUGGCAGCGGUCCGCAGUCCAGCACGAGCCGCCGAGCCGAGCCGACGACGCAGCGUCUCGCAGCUCCGCGCCACUUGUUGACAAACGGGACACGAUGCUGCCUCAGCUGAACCACUGCUGCUGCGGCUGCUCCCUGCAGACGGGAUCCAUCCUGAUCGGCGCCUACCAGCUGGUACGAGGCUUAUUCGAGGCGAUAAGUGACCUCCUUUUAGGUAUCGCAGGAGGUCGUAAUGGGCACGGGUGGGAUUACCUCUGGGAUGGUUUCCCCUACAUUGAGGCCAUUCUUGGAAUUCUCAAGAUCAUCGCCGCUCUAGUACUCAUCUUCGGAGCCAACAAGGAACGCCAUCGGCUGAUCUUCUGGUGUCUCAUCAUCAACGUGGCUCUCCUCAUCAUAGAGGCCGCGCUGUUCCCGUUGACCAUCGUCAUAUUCUUUGUGUAUGCCAAUACCAUUGAGGCGGUCAUCACUCUACUUCUCGGUCUCGGAGACUUCGGUCUGGAGCUGUAUUUCCUGUGGGUGGUGUUCAGCUACUACCGCAUCAUAGAGGAGCGAGCGCCGGGCGUCGUGGCGUCCGUGUAACACGGGACGGGUGCCGGCCGUGCUACGGUAGUACGGCGGCCACGUCUACGGCGGGUCGAUGGAGUACCAGAAGCGCCAACUCGCCAGCCGGAGUCCUCCGUCCUGGAGGGUGAAGUUGCUGUCGGCGUAACGCAACAGUGAUACCCACGUCACACACAUGACAAAGUCAACCGUUAUUCUGCUCGUAUCAGUUUAACUCCCUGUUAAACAAACGUCAUACAGAUUUUUGCAUUUUCUGCUAGGUAAAAUCAUGUGCAGCACUAAUUUCAUGUUAGUCGAAUGAUUACUAAUAUUAUGUUCCUGAUCCAUCCACUGUCACUCACCCACUGAUCCAAACACUAGCAUUAUUCCUACUUGUAUGAAUCACUUUCAAACAUUAUAUUACAAUAACGCGAAGCAUUAUGGUCAGGAAUGUUUGUUAAACUUAUUAUAUAUCUGAAACAUUUUUUGCAAAAUUUACUUCCAGUCAUAGGGGGAGCAGCAGAGGUAAUCUGGAGUACAGAGUCUUUAUUCAUUACAUACACUGUAGAUAAGCAUCGAUUCUAUGAGAUGUAACAAGACUUUUGUAUCAACUGUAAAAUUUAGUUCUUGUGGCAGGACAAGUCUCGAAAGUGACCUCCCCAUUUAUAUCAAAUAUAAAAAUUUAUAACUUCCUUCCUCCUCUCUUCCACAAAUAAAUUUAGACGAACACCCAUGGGCCCAAUUAUAAUAUGUACUAUAUUUUGUAUUUAUGUGACAUUAUUCCCAGUGAUAAAUGUAUCUUGUUUCUAAAUACUUUCCUGCUCAAUUAAGUGUUCUACAUUGUAGAUAAUAUUAUUAUGUAAAUAAACUCGAAUUAACUGGAUCAGUGACACCUUUAUGUGAAAUGUCACUUUGGGGUGCCUAACUUACCUCUUUAAUAUCUGCUCUCCUGCAAUGGGAACAAACAUCGUCAUUGUACAGAUCAUUCUUUAAUGACAACAGAAUAAAACAUUGCUUACACCUUACAA